CUGAACCUUCCGAGAAACAACCUAAGAAUCAGGUGCUUUCUUCCACACAUGGUCCGAUGCUCUCUCUCGACAAUCUCAACCCUUCGUUUCCCCCCCAUGUGAUCACAUCCUCUGCUUAAACGCCUCUUCCCCUUUUGCCAGUGAACGCCCGUGACAUCUACAUCAUUAAGCAAGCAACCGAUACGGCACUCCCACUUACCCUAUAUAUACACAAAGUGCCUCUUCCCCAUCUUCCACAGCUUCCAUGUCACGCCUUUUGCAUAAACUCGAAAUGGAUCACGAGAAAACAAUCCCGCAUCAAACAGAAGAGACCACCAGCUCGAAAACCGAGGCUGAGGCAGGGGAUGAGUACGAGGACAUGUUACCGUUGAUGGCGGAGAAGAUGGAAGUGGAGGACUUUGUGUCGGAACUAUGCAAGGGGUUUAAGCUGCUAGCUGAUCCAGACAGAGACCUGAUAACGCCCCACAGCCUGAGGCUAAACUCUGGGAUACUGGGCAUCCAAGGGAUGAGCUUGGAUGACGCCGAGGCCAUGGUCAGAGAAGGAGACAUCGACGGAGACGGAGCUCUCAACCAGACCGAAUUCUGCAUUCUCAUGGUGAGACUGAGCCCUGGUAUGAUGGAUGAUGCCGAGGCUUGGCUCGAGAAAGCAAUCAGCCAAGAACUCAACCACUUUCCCCUCUCUUGAUCGAAAGCCCUUCUUCUCUAUAUAAUAUAUAUCCGGAGAUUUUAUGUAACUCACCAUCCAUCUACUCUUUAUGUAUCCUUCCUUACAUAAACUGUUUCAAAGCCCCAUGUCUCA